AUGAAUGAUAAAGAGCCACUAUUAAAGAACUAUAACAAACUACUUAAUGACAAUGAUAGCGACAAUGACAACAAAAGUUUUUCUGAUUGGCGUCAAUAUUUCAAUCGGCAAAAGGCUGAUGCUAAGAAUAAAAAAUUAGACGAUGAGAUCAAUCAUACUACUAAAGAUAUUCCAAUCAGUGUUUUUCAAUUGUUUCGAUUUGCUGAUCGUAUUGAUAUUCUUCUUAUAAUUAUUGCUCUGUGUCUCAUAUUAAUACAUGAAGUUUGUGUUCUCGCAAAUGUAAUUCUUUUUGGUCGAAUCACGGGAUUAUUUGCCACCACAUCAUUUGCUGUUGAUUGUAAUAAUCAAUAUCAAAAUUUAACAUCUACAAUUAUCAAGAACAGUGUAUGUCCUCUUGGUAUUGAUCUUAAUCCAUUAAAUUAUGAUCGAUUACAUAAUCUAUGCCAUUAUAAUAAUAAAUCUAUUUCAUCCACAUUAUCUCCAUUAACGCCUUUAUUUCAUGAAAAUGUUAUGCAUCUAGUUCAUUGGUUCUUGGCUUUAAGUAUUCUUGCAUUUCUAUGUACUUCUCUUGAAUAUAUCUGUUGGACAACUGCUACGAAACGGCAAACAUCUCGCAUGAGUGUUUUACUCUUUCAAUCACUUAUUCAACGUCUCAUCACAAAAGAAACAGAAGAACAAUUAAAUACAUAUUCAAAAGCUGGACAAAUCGCUCAAGAAGUAUUUAGUUCAUUAAGAACUGUUCUUUCAUUUAAUGGAAGCAAAUACCAACAAAAACAAUAUGAUAAAGAAUUAAAAUUAAAUGAAUGGUGUACUGUGAGGAAAGAUGCUGCAUUUGGUGCUUUUUUUGGUUGGUUAUUUUUUAUAAAUUUUAUAGUUUAUUCAAUUGGUUUCACUUUUGGUUCUAUUCUUAUGUCUUAUGAAACUCAUCGUAUACUGACCAUUAGUGAGAUUCUUGUUGUUGUAAAUAUGUUCGCACAAGCUUUAAGUUUUCUUAAUUCAGUUGGUCCUUUCUUCCAAUCAAUUUCGGAAGCUCAAGGUGCAGCAGUAUCCGUAUUUCAACUUAUUGACGAGGUACAUGAUGAAAAUCUGAAUGAAAAAGAAAUAUUGGAAGAGAACAUAUCUGAUGAAAACUCGAUUUCUGAUAUCAAUGGUGAUAUUGAAUUUGACAAUGUUAGUUUUUCUUAUCCAUCAAGAGAAACUGCAACAGCUUUGAAUAAUCUUAAAUUGAUUGCUCGUGCGAAUCAAACAACUGCUCUUGUAGGUUCAAGUGGCUGUGGAAAAAGUACAUGUGUAUCACUCCUUCUUCGUUACUACGAACCUUCUUCAGGCAGAAUUAUGAUUGAUGGUCAGUCAAUUACAGAUUAUAAAAUUAAACAAUUUCGUCAAAAUAUUGGAGUUGUUAGUCAAGAACCUAUUUUGUUUGGAAUAAGUAUUUAUGAAAAUAUUCGUUUUGGUAAAUUGAAUGCAACACGUGAAGAGAUUGAACAAGCAGCAGAACAAGCUAAUGCACAUAAUUUCAUUAUGAAAUUACCAAAUAAAUACGAAACACUUGUUGGUGAACGUGGUAUACAAUUGAGUGGUGGUGAAAAACAACGUAUUGCAUUAGCUCGUGCACUUGUCAAACAACCCAACAUUCUUUUAUUAGAUGAAGCAACAAGUGCACUUGAUAAUGCUAGUGAAAAAAUUGUUCAAGAAGCACUAGAUCGAGCAUGCAAAAAUCGUACAACUAUAGUUAUUGCUCAUCGUUUGACUACAAUUCAAAAUGCUGAUUAUAUCUAUGUAUUAGAUAAAGGAAGUGUGAUUGAAGAAGGUACACAUGAAACAUUAAUGAUAAAAGAAGGAGGAAAAUAUCAAACAAUGGUCAAAAUGCAGCAAUCUGAAAAAACGAUUGAUACGCAAGAUGGGUUAAUGUAUAUGACACAAGCAGCAGCUGAAGAUGAAGAACAAAUAUCAUGCUUACUUGGUGGAUUACGUGGACCACUUUUCUCGAUUCUAUUAGCGACAAUAAUCAAUGUGAGUGAUUUAUUUGAGUUUAAUGAUUGUAAAUACACUGAUAUACGUCGUCGAGUGUCGAUUACAAGUGGUUUAUUUAUUCUUUUGGGCGCUGCUUUUAUGAUUCUCCAUUUUUUCCAAUUUGUGACUUUUGGAAUUGCAGGAGCAAAAUUAGUUAGUCGUCUUCGUUUAAAAGCAUUCGCAUGUUUACUUCGUCAAGAAGUAGCUUACUUUGAUCGACCUGAAAAUAGUUCUGGUGCUAUAUGUACUCAACUUUCUUCUAAUGCAGCUGCUAUUGAAGACAUGGCUGGUUCAAGAUUAGGUGUUAUCUGUGAAGGUUUAUCCAUGUCUACUUUUGGCUUCUUGCUUGGUUUCUUCUACAAUUGGGAAUUAACAAUAAUCAUAGCUAUUCCGUUCGUUAUCCUACUGAUUGCCAAUGUUAUGCAGAUACGACUGAGUUCAUGGUUAAAAACACAAUCUGAUCGCAUUUACUGUCAAGCUAGCACGCUUGCUGUUGAAGUUCUUACUAAUAUGCGCACAGUAAAACAGUUAUCAAUGGAAAAUGAAGUUUUACGACAAUAUUCGAAUAUGAUUGAUCAAGUAUUAAGAAUGUCUUGGAGACCUGAAGCAUUGUUUGCAACAGUAUUUGGAUUGUAUUGGAUGAUGGACUCAUUGAUUUUGGGACUUUUGUAUUGGCGUGCUUUAGUUCUUGUUGAAAACAAUGAACUAGACAUGAACGAUAUUGUUAUAAUUUCUGCUUUUGGAAUUUUCGCAUUAGGAUCGAUAAAAGUUGCUGGAAUGUUAGCAAGACGUAUCGGUGCAUCAUUUGCUGCUGCUCACGCUUUUUUUGAUCUAUUUGAUCGAAUACCAACUAUUGAUAAUGGAUCUAAUAAAGGACAAAAAUUAACUAACUUUAGUGAAGAAACAGAAUUUAAUCAAGUUAAAUUUAUUUAUCCAAGUCGUCCAACAGUUCUUGUUCUUAAUAAACUUCAAUUAUCUAUUAAAUCAGGUCAACGUAUAGCUCUUGUUGGUGCAUCUGGAUGUGGAAAAUCAACAAUAAUUCAAUUACUAGAACGAUUUUAUGAUGUUACAAAUGGACAAUUGACUCUCGAUGGUGUUGAUAUUCGAAAACUAAAUAUUCAAUGGCUUCGUUCGUGUUUGGGUGUUGUUAGUCAAGAACCAAUUUUAUUUGAUUUAACAAUUGCUGAAAAUAUCGCAUAUGGAUUAGAAAAUAUACCAAUGGAUGAGAUUGUUCUUGCUGCAACUAAAGCUAAUAUUCAUCAAUUUAUUCAACAAUUACCUCAAGGUUAUGAGACAAAGGUUGGAGUAAAAGGUAGUUUUUUAUCAGGUGGUGAAAAACAACGUAUUGCUAUUGCUCGAGUUCUUAUUCGUCGACCUAAGAUACUAUUAUUAGAUGAAGCUACGAGUGCUAUGGAUCCAUAUAAUGAAAGAAUAGUACAAGAAGCUCUUGAUCAAGCUCAAACAGAAGAUUCUAGUCGAACAUCAAUUAUUAUUGCACAUCGUCUUUCAACAAUACGUUCAUGUGAUGUAAUACAUGUACUUGAAAUGGGUCGUAUAGUCGAAAGUGGUACUCAUAUAGAACUAAUACAAAAAGGUGGAAUUUAUUAUAAAAUGUUAAAUGCUCAAAACAACAUACAAUAA